AUGAAGGUGCUUCGCGCUUUCCUGCUGCUGCUCUGUGCGCUCGCGGUUGCGCACCUGGCGGCCGCGGCGGAGUUCAACCCCGCUCUCGCCACUCUCGCCGCAAGCCCCGACGACAGCCUCCUCGCCACGGGCAAAGCGCUCGCAGAUGACGCAAGCGAGGACGCGGAUGUGCUUAUAACGAACCGCGCUCUUGCGGAGGAGGGCGAAGAGUCGCGCCACAAUGGCGCUGUUCGCGUGCUGACGGAGGUCGACCUGCUCUCCCUGCUGGCGGAGGGGGACGCUUAUGCUGACGUGGCGGACUCGCGGAGGAGCCUGAAGAAGAGGGGGAAGAAAUGCAAGAAGGGGAAGAAGGGGAAGAAAUGCAGGAAGGGGAAGAAGGGGAAAAAGAAUGGCGGCGCGGUAGCAGCACCCGGUGGGGCGGGGGCGGCACCUGGUGGGGCGGCACCUGAGGGGGCGGCACCUGAGGGAGCGGCACCUGGUGGUGCCGACGCUGGCGGGGGUUCAGGUGCGGCUGCGCGCAGCAUGGCGGAGGUCGACAUGCCCUCCCAGAUUGAGGAGGGAGAUGCUGAUGCUGACGUGGCAGACAUUCGCAGGAGCCUGAAGAAGAAGGGGAAGAAAUGCAAGAAGGGGAAGAAGGGGAAGAAAUGCAGGAAGGGGAAGAAGGGGAAGAAGGGGAAGAAACCCAAGAAGGGCAUGGAUGGGCCUCCUGCCGCUGCUGGCGCUGAUUCAGCCGCACCGAGUGGGGGCGAGGAGGCGGGGUCUGAUGGCGCGGCUGCUCGCAGCAUGGCCGAGGUCGACCUGCCCUCCCCGCUGGCGGAAGGCGAUGAGGAUGCUGAUGGUGAUGCUGACGCCGGCAGCAGCACCCCGAUCGCGCUCCAGCUAAUCCACACCAAGCCCGCAUGGACCGCCAGCGUACUCUGGUUCCUCUCGCACACGCCCCCUCUCCCCUCCCUCCACCUCUCCUUCACCCAUCCCUCCGUCAUCCCCCUCCUCCGCCGCCCCUUCUCCCUCCCCGCCUGCUCGCUCUUACUCUCCUCGCUCACCUCUCUCGAACUCUCCCUUCUAGGCAAGACCCACGACUAUAAAGUCAACAACUGGCGCCUCGGCUUAUUCGCGCCCUGCACGAGCCUCCACUCCCUCACUCUCGGGCGCGGCGCGUGGCGAUUCGACAAGUCCUCCUGCGUCGCGGCUCCCUGGUCCCGCUCAAUAACGAGCCUCACCCUCCGAGCCAACGACGCCAGGGGCCCGAACCCUAAAGCCCUGGCGGAAUUCACGCCGCAACUACACGAGUUUACCUUUUACGAGCCGGAGAGUCUCGCAUACGGGGUGGUAUCCGGCCCUGUUUACCUUAAACUGGAUUUCCCCCGCAUCCGCCGCCUCACCUUCCGCUUCGUGCAUGACGAGCUCAAGCUCCGGCUCUCCCUGCCGCCCGCGUUCACGUCGUUCCACGCGUCCGCGAAAACCCUGAUUCUGAACUGCAGCUCCGCCAGCCCGUUGGUUCUCGACCAGCUGUUCCUCUUCGGGAAGACGAGGCUGCAUAUCUCAUCGUUCGCCGUUGGAUCUGUCCGCGCGCUCUACCUGAACGGUCCGAUCAGGUUCUACCCGACAUGGCCGAACCCGUAUAUUCUUAAGAAGCGGCAGGGGUUUGGAAUGUACUCCGAGAUGCCGCCGCCGCCUUUUCCUUGGGCUGACUGGCUGCGCGCACUAGCGCCGACAACGGAGACGCAUGUCUGGGAGAAGCGGCGCGAGGAGUAUUGGGGGAGGAUGCGCGAGCAACGGCUGGAGGAGGACCGGCAGGACGAAGAACGCAUGUCCGGCAAGUACACGACGCGCUUCCACACUGGCCCCUUCGGCAACCAAGUGGCCUUGGGAUCGAAGAUCGACAACGACACUGAGUACGAUUACGAGCCGAACGAGGAUGAGCGCUGGGAAAGCAGCUACGAAGAGUACGCAACCAAGUAUUCCCUGGAACCUCCGCUCAUCGAGGAUCUGAAAUUCGUCUUUUUUCCGACCAGCAGGCGCGCGGAUGCGAACCUGCUGGGUGCGCUGCAAGCGGCGUAUCCUAGCGUGGAAAUGUACUGUGCUGAGGGGAGCUCUUGGUAUUGGAAGAAGAACGGGGAGCGAGUGCCGGGAGGGGGGUCCGUCGAGCAUGUGCGAAAACCACGGGCUGCGAAGAAGAAGAGAAGUGGCGUGGCUGUAACGAGGAGUUACAAAGGGGGGGUGAAGACCGUGCGGGACAAGGCGCACAGCGUAAAUCGGAGGUUGAUUGGCGAGGGGUACAGUAUUGAUGCGGAGGAGGCGUAUGUGUUGCGGAACAAGGAUCGGUACAUGCGCUUGGAUAACUCCGAUGAUGACUCUAGCGAGGGGGAGGAGGACUAUGUCGAGGAUGAGUGGUGGUAG